AUGAAUCAAGAGGACGCGUUCGCCGAGGAGGCGCAAGAGGAGAUCAUGGUCCGAACGGGCACUCAGCAAUCCGACGAGGAUUCAAAAUCACAAGUGCGGGCGAGCACGACAGAAGCCGAUGACGAGCAAGAUGAGAGUAGUCCUCUUAUCCCGGAUCGGAGUACGCGACCACAACGCGCACCUCUAGCACGAGCCAACGACAGCUAUUAUCGUGCCAUAAAUGAGCCAUGGACUGGUUCACAUGGCGCCGGGUCGCUGCCGUGGUGGAAGCGACCAUCGAUAUAUUGGUUGCUGCCCGGAUUUUUCCCUUUUUGCAUAGCCUUUGGCGGGUUGAUAGUACCAAAGCAAUAUCUCAUACUGGAUCUGAUCUGUAGAGACUAUCUGGCCGAUCAAGCAAGUCAGGAUCCCAACUUCAGUUUCACGCCGGUCAUACUCGGUGGCAAUAACCCUCAGUGUCGCGACCCGGAAGUGCAGUCUUUGGUUGCCAAAUUCAACCUUUACGCCAACCUGUUGUCCGGAUUGUUUGCAGCUAUUGUUGCUCCUCAGCUAGGUGCUCUUUCAGAUCGUCAUGGACGAAAGACGGUUAUGCUAGCAGUCUCCUUCGGUGGAUUUGUGAUGGAGAUUGUGACCAUCCUUGUGGGGACGUAUCCGGACUCGAUCUCAGUGUAUUGGAUUCUGCUUGGUAACCUCAUUGACGGACUAUGUGGCUCUUUCACGACAGGUAUGGCCCUGUCGUUCGCCUAUGCCGCGGAUUGUACACCACCAGAGCAGCGGAACAAAGCCUUCGGCUUCUUCCACGGCACACUAUUCACAGGUGUAGCAUUUGGGCCUCUGAUUUCCGGCGCUCUCAUGAAGGCAACGGGUACUGUUAUGGUAGCCUUCUACUUGGCACUUGGUUGUCAUGUGUAUUUUAUCCUUUUCUUGAGCGCACUGGUACCUGAAUCUUUGUCCAAAGAAAGACAGAUGCUGGCAAGGGAAAAGCAUCACCUCGCCAAGUCCAAGACUGCGAAACAAAGUUGGUGGACUUCCUUGCGAGCAUGGAAUCUGUUCGAGCCUCUGUGGGUUCUGCGACCCCGUGGCCCAGGAUCGAGUCCAGCACUCCGACGGAAUCUUUUCCUGAUUGCAGGCAUCGACACGUUGAUGUUUGGAGUCGCGAUGGGUACGAUCAACAUAAUUCUGAUCUAUGCUCAAUAUCGGUUCGGCUGGGACGAAGUUGCUGCGAGUCUGUACGUCUCCGCAGUGAACGUGUGCAGAGUGCUUGCAUUGGUAGUGUUGCUGCCAUUGCUCAUUAAGUGGUUCAGGAAGCAAGGCAACCAAGAGCAAGGACAUCGAGGUGCAGACCUGCUGGAUAUCAACAUCAUCCGGACUUCGCUGGUGUUUGAUCUCAUUGGCUAUCUGGGAUAUGCAUUGACACCGAAUGGUGCCAUUAUGGUGAUUGCAGGCCUCAUUGCCUCUGUCGGUGGAAUUGGCUCUCCCACGCUACAGUCGUCACUCACGAAGCAUGUUCCGGCCGAUCUGACCGGCCAGGUUCUUGGUGCUUCUGCGCUGCUACACGCGCUGGCCCGUGUUGUGGCUCCUACGAUUUUCAAUCUACUUUACAGCAAGACUGUGAAGAUAUAUGCCGGUAUUGUCUUUUGCUGCCUGUCGUUUGUAUUUGUGGUUGCCAAUGUGAUGAGUUGGUUUCUUAAGCCAGGAGUCUACUUCAAGGAAGUAUCAGACUACUCGGAUGAGACAGAAGAGGCCGAACAUCACAUGUAG